AUGAAUCAACUGGUUCUGGCGGAAUCCAUUUAUUCUCUACCAGACUCCGAUCUUGACCUGAGUUUCACCUCCGUCGCCACCACCACCGACCGCACCACCUCCGCCCGCAGCAGCCUCGCCCGGAGCAGCCUCACUCUCAGCUUCAAUGAGUCCCGCCUGUCCGCUUCCGCCGCCGGCCCGAUCCCCCACCGCCGACCCCACCGCCGCCACGACAACCCGAACUGGGCGGCGAUCGACGCCGCCUCCGCGCUGUCCUCCGACGGCGCCCUCCACCUCCGCCACCUGAAGCUCGUCCGCCUCCUCGGCUCCGGCGACCUCGGCCGCGUCUUCCUCUGCCGCCUCCGCGACAGCGACCACGCCGCCUUCGCCCUCAAGGUGGUCGACCGCGACGCCCUCACCUCCCGGAAGCUCGCCCACGCGCAGACGGAGGCGCGUGUCCUCUCCACCCUCGACCACCCUUUCCUCCCCACCCUCUACGCCCGCCUCGACGCCUCCCACUACACCUGCCUCCUCAUCGACUACUGCCCCAACGGCGACCUCCACUCCCUCCUCCUCCGCCAGCCCCGCCGCCGCCUCCCCCUCUCCGCCGCCCGAUUCUACGCCGCCGAGGUCCUCCUCGCCCUCGAGUACCUCCACGCGCGGGGCAUUGUCUACCGGGACCUCAAGCCGGAGAACAUCCUCAUCCGGGAGGACGGCCACGUCAUGCUGUCGGACUUCGACCUGUGCCUCGAAUCAGACAUUUCCGCAAGGCUCGAAUCUCAGAUCCGCCGGCGGCGGCGGCGGAUGGAGAGGGUGACGGAGUUCGUGGCGGAGCCGACGGCAGCUUUCUCGAAGUCGUGUGUCGGGACGCACGAGUAUCUGGCGCCGGAGAUUGUUUCCGGCGGGGGCCACGGCAGUGGGGUUGACUGGUGGGCGUUCGGAGUGCUGAUCUACGAGCUGCUGCAGGGGACGACGCCGUUUAAGGGAGGGAGCACGGAGUCCACGCUCCGGAACAUUGCAUCUGCAGGAGGAGUAAAGUUCCACGUGGCGGAUGGUGAGGAGGCGGGAAUGGGAGUGGCGAGGGACCUCAUCGGGAGGCUGCUGGUGAGGGAUCCGAGGAAGAGGCUGGGGUGGGCCAGAGGAGCUGCUGACAUCAAGCGCCACCCGUUUUUUGAUGGGAUCAAGUGGCCGCUGAUUAGGAUGUACCGGCCGCCGGAAGUGCCGGGGCUGGCCGUCAGGAGGAGCCGACACGCGGGCGCCACGUCACCAAGGAGGCGGCGGUGCUUCUGGAAGAGGUUCAGCCGUUGGGUGAGGAUUAAAGGUUCUCUACGCGGAGUCAACUCAAAUUCCAAUUAUUAUUCCUAUAGAUGUUAG